CCCAUUCGAUUUGCGGGACCUAAAUUUUAAAAUAAAAUAUAGGUUCAAUAAGGACACAGUGCGCACCAUCAUAGAUUUGGUGGAAGAUGAUCUGGUUCAGAGCGCUAGAGGUGGUGGCACGUGUCCUGAACUGCAAGUUUUAGUGGCCAUAAGAUGUUGGGGACGUCGUGAGGUACAAGAUGAUGCUGGUGACCUCCAUGGCCUAAGUCAGCCGACAGUGAGCCGGAUAUGCGCCAGAGUCGCGCAUGCAAUCGCGAAUAAGGCAAAUUCCUUCAUCAAAAUGCCUAUCACUAUAGGAGAGCAGGAAAGAAUUAGUGCCAAAUUUAGAGCAAUUAAAAAUUUUCCUGGGGUGAUAGGAGCCAUAGAUUGCACCCACAUUAAAAUUAAAAAAACCGGAGGUGACAUGGCCCAGUACUAUAUUAAUAGAAAAGGCUAUUAUUCCCUGAAUGUUCAGGUUGUCUGUGAUGCUGACCUCAAAAUAAUGGAUAUAGUGGCUAGAUGGCGAGGCAGUACACAUGACAGUCGAAUUUUUAUGGAGAGCAAUAUAAAACAACGAUUUGAGGAUAGGCAGUUUAGAGGACGCCUUAUUGGCGAUUCGGGCUACCCUCUUCUGCCAUAUCUAUUUACACCUAUUUUAAGGCCUAGUCGUCCAGAAGAAGAAGCAUACAAUAAUGCUCACAUCUCAACUAGGAACACUGUUGAAAGGUGUUUUGGGGUGUGGAAGCAGCGGUUCCAAUGCCUACUCCAUGGCUUACCAGUAAGCCUCCAAAAUGGAAAAGCUGUGAUCAUAGCAUUGGCUGUAUUACAUAAUAUAGCCAUUGAUAUGAAUGACACAUUGUUAGAACAACAUAUGGAGCAGGUCCCUGUAACUCCGCAACUUUCGACGGAGAACAGUGUUCACGACAACCGACCUUCAUUGUUGAGGCGUAGGUCGCAGUUGAUACUACAAAAUUUUAUAAAUCAACAUUUUUGAAUGAUACUGUUCCUGGC